UCGGUGCCGGAGCAAAGAUGGCCGACAGGAAAAACAGCGUCAACUUGCUUUUCUCCUCCGACACCGAGUUCAGUUUCCCGGUGCCUUUCAUCCCUGUCAGCCAGGCCCAGGCGGCGGACAGCAGCCUUCUCUCAGCCGAUGAAUCCACAGAUGUUGGUGAGGAGGAUAGUUUUGUGGGUCAGACUUCUGCUUCCACAAGUCAUCCAUCAACCUUCAGCUAUUUCACCCAGGCUGCAAACAACAAUGAUCCUUUUGCGAAUAUUGGACAUCCUCCUUUCACAACAACAGCAGCACCACCUGUAGGGACAGCUUCGUUUCCAAUGGCUCCAACUGAAGUACCCCUUACUUCUGCAGGACAUUCUGUGCAGGAUCCUUUCACAUUUCAGAGUCCGCAGCCUCAGCCUGGCUCCAUGAUGCCCCCUGUGUCUCAGUAUAUUAGCACAACGUAUCAGAAUACUCAGCAUGCCACUUCCUCAUCAACUGCUUUUCCACCUGUGUCCCCUCCUCAGACUCAGCAUCAUUAUAAUCCUUAUCGCCAAAGUUCACAGACGAACCGGGCCAGUCCGUACUUUACACCACCUCAACUUCAGCAAAGCCAAAACCAAGGUCACCAGCAGAUGCCUUCCUUUCAGUCUACUCCCCCAGUCAAUCAUCUGUACCAGACACCACCAACAUCUCCACCACAGGCCAGUGUAGGGCAGGGAGUGUUACUCCCAUCUGCUCCUAAAUCUAUAGCCGCCGCAGUCCAACCUUUACUGAAUUUGCCAUGUAACAUCUAUGAGCCUGUACGACCCCAUUGGUUCUACUGCAAGCUGGUGGAAGGUAAACCAAUCUGGAUGCCAUUCAGUUUCCUGGACACAGCAAAGCUGGAAGAAAUUUACAACUCUAUACAACCAGACCCUGAAAAUGUGAUUGUAUCCACUGAUGGAGGUCGCUAUGACAUUCAGUUAUAUGACCGCACCCGACAUGCAGUGUACUGGGAAGAGGAACCAUCUGAAGUGAGGCGAUGCACGUGGUUUUAUAAAGGGGACAUGGACAGCAGGUUUAUUCCUUACUCUGAGGAAUUUAGUGAAAAAUUGGAGGGGGAAUAUAAAAAAACUGUAACUACCAACCAGUGGCAUAAAAGACUGGAGUUCUCUAGUGGGGAAACCAUUGUCAUGCAUAAUCCAAAGGUCAUAGUUCAGUUCCAGGCUUCCUCACAACCAGAUGAAUGGGGAACUACACCAGAUGGGCAGACUAGGCCAAGAGUGGUCAAACGUGGGAUUGAUGAUGACCAUGAUGAGAUUCCUGAAGGUGAGCUGCCAGACGUUAAUCAUCUUGUGUUCAUGGCACAUGGAAUUGGGCCUGUAUGUGACCUACGUUUCAGAAGCAUUGCUGAAUGUGUUGAUGACUUCAGAAAUGUUUCUUUGAAACUGUUACGCACGCACUUUAAAAAAGCAGUAGAUGAGAAAAAAAUCACACGAAUCGAAUUCCUUCCUGUUCACUGGCACAGUGCUCUUCAUGGAGAUGCUACUGGAGUAGACAGGCAUAUGAAGAAAAUCACAUUACCAAGUAUAGGUCGUUUGCGUCACUUUACCAAUGAGACAUUAUUGGAUAUAUUCUUCUACAACAGCCCUGCCUACUGUCAGACUAUUGUGGAUAAAGCGGCUGCAGAAAUCAAUCGGCUAUAUGCUCUCUUCUUAAGUCGAAAUCCUAACUUCAAAGGAGGAAUCUCCCUUGCAGGACACAGUCUUGGUUCUCUGAUCUUGUUUGAUUUGUUGGCCAAUCAGACAAGCUCCUCUUCCGCUGGUGAUCCUACUCUAUUGGCAUCAAAUGGGACUCUGAAAGACCCUAUAAUCCCGGAAGAGGCUCAGGAGAACCAAGAUAGUCAGGAUCCUGAUGUUUCUGAUGAACUGAAAGAUGAACCGGAGGGGGAUGUCCUGACACUACCAGAAGCAUUGGAAUCAGUUGGUCUUUCUGAGUACCUCAGCACAUUGGAAAAAGAAGAAAUAGACAUGGAGUCAUUGCUCAUGUGUACUGUUGAUGACUUAAAGGAAAUGGGGAUCCCUCUUGGACCAAGAAAGAAAAUCGCUAAUUUUGUAAAAGAGAGAGUAAAUGCACAGACAAAGAAGAAAGCUGCAAAAGAGAGGAAGACAGCUUUGGAAGCUCUGAAGAAAGCUCAGCAAGAAGAAAUGCAAAAAUCUAAGGAUGGAACUGAUCAAAUGAACUCAUUAACAGCAGAAAAACAGCUAGGUUUGAAGAAGAUGCUGUCGUACACUGGGACUACUAUUUCAUCUGUCACUGUACAUUACGACCAUUUUGAAGCAGGUGUUGGCCAGGUGUCUGUGGUUUAUCCAGCACUAGACUUCAAACCAGAUAACUUCUUUGUCUUGGGUUCUCCUAUUGGUAUGUUUCUCACGAUGCGUGGGCUGGAGAAGAUUGAUGAAAGCUACCAAUUACCAACCUGCAAGAGAUUUUUCAAUAUUUAUCAUCCAUUGGAUCCUGUGGCAUAUAGAAUGGAGCCUAUGAUUCUCCCUGACUUGAGUAUCAAACCAGUUCUUGUUCCACAUCAUAAGGGUAGAAAGAGACUUCAUCUUGAGUUGAAGGAAAGUCUGUCUCGCAUGGGCUCAGAUUUGAAACAAGGCUUCAUUAGUUCUCUGAAGAAUGCCUGGCAGACACUCAAUGAAUUUGCACGUGCUCACACCUCUUCAACCCAGCUGCAAGCUGAGCUAGAGAAAGUAGCUAACCAAAUUAAAGAGGAGGAAGAAAAGCAUGUGGAGGAAGAACAAAAGUUGGUGGAAAGUCCAGAAUCACCUAAGGAUGAGGAUUCAACAGUGAAGAUUGGAAUGCUGAAUGGCGGACAUCGCAUUGAUUAUGUUCUACAGGAAAAACCAAUUGAGAGCUUCAACGAAUAUUUGUUUGCUCUUCAGAGUCACUUAUGUUACUGGGAAUCGGAAGACACUGCGUUGCUCUUUCUUAAAGAGGUUUACAAAUCAAUGGACAUCAGUCCUGAACAGCCACAGCAUUGAUGGCCGCUGGGUGUGCUGUAUUUACCUCAGCAACAUUGAUCAUCUGAUUCAUCAUCAGCUCUGUUGAAACAACAAAUUUAGAUCUGUGAAUGAGAUCAGUAGUUGUAUCUGAUCUUCCUUCUGGGACGACAGUAUUUAUACAGUCUGCAAUUAUUCAACAAUACAAGCAACUGACUCUAAAGGAAAAAGAUCUUGCUUUGAAAAACUGUAACUCUAUUUGAUUGUCACUAGUUCAGAAGUAUCUUGUGUUAAAUUAAUGAAGCAGUGAAACUGAUCCUUUGAGAAAACUUCUGUUCUGAUUUAUUUGCUAACUAAACUAUUCAUUAGUCUCCUAAGAUCACUUAAAUAUUGUUUUCAGGGUACUUGCUUGCCUGGUCGAGCUGAUGAAAUAUGAAUUAUUCUCUCCUGAUCUGUUAACUCAUUCCAUUCAUUGUAGAAUUCAUUUCCUUAAUCUGCAGUGGCUUGCUUCAGACAAGUGAAUAAUUAGGGUUUACACGGUUGUACCAUGAAUGAGGCCAGCCAUGUUCCUGCCAAAUGUUAUGCAUUUUUAAAUAUAUAUUUCAUUUAUUAACUGGCAAAAUAUUAGUUUUUAUUAAUUGUUUACUGGCUCAUGUACUCAGUAAAUAUUCUGACGUCAACAAUGAUUGCACACUGUGAAUUCAAGAUGCAUCCUUCGAAUGUACGGCACGCCUCAACUGCAAAAAUUAACACUUUAGUUACAAAUUUAAUUUACUACUUGUCUAACUAUGGUGUUUGUUGGAGCUCUAUACCCUUCCAAGAGAGCAUCUGUUCUCUUUUUUUUUCAGAUCCACCACAGUGUAAUGACAGUAAGAUUUUUUGGAAUACAGUACACCAAUGUAUCACACUGAUUUCUGCAGUUUCAACACACCAUUGAAAGCUUUCAGGUGGAUUUUAUUGACUUUCAAUUUUCCAUAAAAUCCAAGUAAUAGCUGCUUCAAGCCAUGGUGUUGAUGCUGCCAUAUAUGAGAUGUUUUUGGGUUUUAUAAGCUUUGAUGGUGUUCUCUGUUAAGGCAUUGGAUUUUUCCAAUGGUAUCAGAUGCAGAGAGUUGUAAUGAAAUAAAGAACUUGCAUUGUGAUCAAUGCUAUGAAAA